UCCAAGAACACAGCAUAUACCCCCAGAACCAAACAAUCAGCAAUGGCUCGUCCCAGUUAUGUCGUCUCUAUGGACUCGAGAGUAUGCGUUUGUAUGGUAGGGUUGCCAGCGAGAGGAAAGACAUAUAUUGCUCAGAAAAUCUGCCGAUACCUGAAAUGGCUGUCCAUUCCAACAGAAGUGUUCAACGUCGGCACCUACCGCCGAACGCAUCAUGACGCACACCCAACAGCAUCCUUCUUCGAUCCGAAGAAUUCAGCAGGAGAGAAAGCAAGACGAGAGGCCGCUAUGGCUGCCGUUAAAGACAUGGUCAACUGGUUCAACAAGGGCGGUGUGGUCGGUAUCCUCGACGCUACCAACACCACCCGCGAGCGCCGGCAGUGGAUUGCGAGAUUAUGUAAGCAGGCGAAUGUUCAAUUGAUGUUUGUCGAGAGUGUUUGUGAGGAUGAAGAUCUGAUUAUGCAGAACAUCAUGGACGUCAAGCUGAGUUCUCCGGACUAUUCCGGGCAGGAUCCCGAAGAGGCGGCGAGGGAUUUCAGAGAGAGGAUCAAGAUGUACGAGGCGGUUUAUGAAUCAAUUGAUGAGAAAGAGUUGACAUAUGUCAAAUUGGUCAACGUUGGAAGUCAAGUCGUCAUCAACAUGAUCAAAGACUACCUCCAAUCUCGGAUUGUGUACUACCUCAUGAACCUCCACAUCAAACCUCGCAGUAUCUACCUCUCCCGGCAUGGCGAAUCCCAGUUCAACCUCGAAGGCAAAAUCGGCGGCGACGCACCCCUCUCUGAACGCGGCAUGAUCUACGCCCAGCGACUCCCUGACAUCAUUUCUUCCCAGAUUCAGCCAGGCGAAAAACUAACAGUCUGGACGAGUACCUUGCGACGAACAAUCCAAACUGCCGAAGGGCUCCCCUACCGGAAGCUCCAAUGGAAAGCCCUUGACGAACUCGACGCAGGUGUGUGUGACGGCCUAACCUACGAAGAAAUCGAAGAUAAGUACCCCGAAGACUUCGCGGCCCGCGACGAGGACAAAUACAACUACCGUUACCGCGGCGGCGAAUCAUACCGGGACGUCGUCGUCCGCCUCGAACCCGUCAUGAUGGAACUGGAGCGCCAAGAAAACGUCUUCAUUGUUUGCCAUCAAGCUAUUCUUCGCUGCAUCUAUGGCUAUUUCUUGAAUAUUCCGCAGGAGGAGUUGCCGUUUGUUGAUAUGCCGCUUCAUACGGUAAUUAAGUUGACGCCAAAGGCGUACAGGUGUGUUGAGGAGAGGAUUUCGGCGAAUAUCCCAGCGGUAUCGACGCAUCGGGCAAAGGGGGCCCCGGCGACGUUUGAUAAGCCUGCGGAAUGUGAGGUGAAAGCGAACUAAGGUUCUCACUGUCUUUGGAAUACACAUAUC